UUCAAAACUCGCCCCACAUUCCUAUUCUUUCAAUUCUUUUAUUAUUUUCAUUUUCAACAUUUUCCAAUUGGAUAUCAUGAUUGUGCCCAAAGGUCUUUACGGCACUAGACACUCUAUCUAUCGUGCCGUUUUUAACGGAAUCUGCGCUUUGGUGUUGCUUUUCUUGUUCUACAAUCACGAUCAUUCCAUCAAAAGUGUGGUGGUUCAUAGGAGAAUUACUACUGAUGUUACUAUUGAUGAUUAUGAUUCUGUUACGGAUAAAUUGACUCGAAAUGGUCCCAAAUUAUGUCCUGGAUUGCAUGAUCAUGAAGGCUUUAACACUCGGUGUGAGUAUUUGAUUGCUCAUCCGGAGUGCACUUCUGGUGGCUUCUUCAAUUACGUUUGGUUUUUUUACUGUGAUUGCCAAAGAUAUAGUGUUUUGGGUUAUUUAGUUUUGACAGUUUGGCUUGCUGCUCUUUUCUAUUUACUGGGAAAUACUGCUGCGGAUUAUUUUUGUUGUUCUUUGGAAAAGCUUUCGACUUUAUUGAAGUUGCCACCAACUGUUGCGGGAGUUUCUUUGCUUCCAUUUGGAAAUGGAGCUCCUGAUGUGUUUGCAAGUAUUGCUGCUUUUGUGGGUAAGGAUGCUGCUGAUAUGGGUCUCAAUAGUGUGUUGGGUGGAGCUGUUUUCAUCACUUGUAUUGUUGUAGGGACAGUUUCUUUAUCUGUGGCCAAGAGCCGUGUUCAGAUUGAUAGGAAAUGUUUCAUAAGAGAUAUUUGUUUCUUUCUAUUUGUUCUCAUAUCACUUGGUGUUAUUUUGAUUGUGGGUGAGGUGACUGUUGGGGGUGCAAUAUUAUUUGUUUCUAUCUAUCUGGUUUAUGCAUUUGUAGUUGCUGCUAAUGAAAUUCUGAAGAAAGAUGCUUCGAGUUUGAAUUUGGAUGAUGCGUCUCACUUGCUUCCUGUUAAAGAAAGUUUAUUCUCUUGUGGAAUCGAAGAAGAUGACUCUGAAUCUGUCCAUGCCUUGCUGCUUGAGUCUGACACCAAAAAUGAUGUCCCACAUCUCCAAAGAAAGCUCCCACACUGGAUGUGGAGGUCACAAGUGGCAAUUUAUUCUAAUGAGGCUCUGAAAUCUAGCUCAGAGAAUCCAAAAUCAUUAUGGGGUUGGAAUGAUGGACAACCAGAGAAAGACUUGUCUGAAUCCCGUUCUAUGAUCAUUUCAUUGCUGGAGUUGCCAUUAACGCUGCCAAGACGGUUGUCUAUUCCUAUAAUUGAGGAGGAGCGGUGGUCGAAGGGAUAUGCCGUGGCUAGUGCUUCAUUGGCACCCAUUCUUUUGGCAUUUUUGUGGGACACCCACAUCCAAGAGAAUUUGGGUUCAUUUAGUGGGCAUAUUGCAUACUUUAUUGGUGCUGCCUUUGGUUGUAUACUUGGUGUUCUGGCGUAUCUAUACACCAGUUAUGAUCAGCCGCCUUGCAGAUUUGUAUUUGCAUGGGUUUUCGGAGGAUUUUUCAUGAGUAUUACAUGGUUCUAUAUUGUUGCAAAUGAACUUGUUGCUUUGCUGGUGGGCUUGGGCAUUAUCUUUGGAAUUAACCCAUCCAUCCUUGGAUUAACUGUGCUGGCAUGGGGCAACUCAAUGGGUGAUUUAAUGUCAAAUGUUGCACUGGCUACGAAUGGUGGAGAUAGUGUACAGAUUGCUAUGUCAGGAUGCUAUGCAGGACCUAUGUUCAACACACUUGUUGGUUUGGGAAUAGCAAUGCUGAUUGGAGCUUGGUCACGGAGACCUGCAUCAUAUAUAAUUCCCAUUGACGGUAGCUUGUUUUAUACCAUGGGAUUUUUGGUGGCAGAUCUCAUUUGGUCACUUAUUGUCUUACUAAAGAAUGACAUGCGCCUGAACAAGUUAUUAGGAGUAGGCCUUAUAACAAUCUAUAUGAUUUUUCUCGCCUUUAAGUUGAGCACAUCUACAGGUGUGGUGUCAGUGAGAGAUCUGUUUUGAUUGUAUUAGAUUAGAUGCUUUUGAUGAAGUUCAGUCACUUGUUAUUAAUUCAUCCCAAUUAGGAAGCACAAAUCUCCUAGAUCUUUUUAUUGAAUUGACCUAAUGUGAUGAGGUAAUUUGUAAAUGCCAUCAGUUUUGUGAAACUACAGCAGAAUAUCCCUAA